AUGGGAUGGGGGGGGGGGGGGGGGGGGGGGGGGGGGGGGGGGGGGGGGGGGGGGGGGUGGGGGGGGGGGGGGGGGGAUAGAGGUUGUGGUUGUUGUUGGGAUUUGAGUGGGUUUGGGAUGGUUGUGGUUGUUUUGGUUGUGGGUUUGUUUGUGUUUGUGGGUGUGGUAAUAUUUGAGUUGAUUGGUUUGGGGGGAAAUAGGAUUUGUGGGGUGGUGUUUGUGUUUGGUUGGGGGGGGUGGGGGUUAGUGGGGUUAUAUGUUGGUGGGGAGUGGGGGGGGUUGUGUUUGUUGGUGGGGUGGUUGUGGGUUGUGUUAUUGGGUAGGGGGGUUUGGGGGGUGUGGGGGGGGGGGUGGGGGGUUGUUUUGGGGUUGUUGUGUUGGUGGUUUGUGUUGUUUGGGGGGUUUGUUUGUGUUUGGGGGGGUGGUUGGUGGGGUGGGGUGGGGGGUAGGUUGUUGUGGGUUUUGGGGGGUGGUGGGGGUGGUUUGGGGGGUGGGGGGGGUGGGGGGUGGUGGUUGGGGGGGGGGUUGGUGUUUUUUGUGGAGGGGGGUGGGGGGUGUGGUUUGGUGUGGUGUGGGUUUUGUGGGGGGGGGGGGGGUGUUGUUAUGUGGUGUAUUGGUGUGGGGGGGUUGGGGGGGGUUUUGGGGUUUGUGGUUGUGUUUUUUGGUUGGGGUGUUGUUUUGGGGUGGUGGUGGGGUUUUUUGUGUGUUUUUUUGGUGGGUUUGGUUGGGGGGUGGUGGGGGGGUUGUGUUUGGGGUUUUGGUGGGGGGUGUUGGUGGGGUGGGGGUGGUGGUGGUGGGGGUUGUUUGGGUUGGUGGGUGGGGUGUGGGGGUGUGGGUUUGGUGUGUUGGGUUGGGGUGGGGGGUUUUUGUGGUGUGGUGGUGGGGGGGGGGUGUGGUGGGGUUUGGGUGUGUGGGGGGGGUUUGUUGUGGUGGGGUGGGGGUGGGGGUUUGGGGGUGUGGGUGUUGUGUGGGGUGUUGGUGGGUGUUGGGGGGGUUGGGUUUGGGGGGGGGUGGGUGUUUGGGGGGGGUUUGGGUGUUUGUGGGGUUGUGUUUGGGUGGUUUGGUGUUUGGUUGUGGGGGGUGUGGGGGGUGUGGGGGGGGGGUUGGUGGUUUGAUGUGGGUGGGGUGGGGGUUUUGGGGGUUGGUGGGUGUUUUUGGGGUUUGGGGGGGGGGUGGUGGUGGGGUGUGUUGGUGGGGGGGGUUUGGGAUGUUGUGGGGUGUGUUGUGUGUGUUGUGGGUGUGGGUGGGGGGGGUGUAGGUGUUGGGGGGUGGGGUUGGUGGGGUUUUGUGGGGUUGUUGGUGGGGGGUGUUUGGGGUGGGGGGUUUGGGUUUGGGGGUGUGGGGUUGGUGGGGGUUGGGGGUUGUUUGUUGUGGUGUUGGGGUGUGGGGGGUGUGUGGGUGAUUUGUGGUGGUUUGUGGGGUUUGUAUGUGUUUAUGUUUUGGUUUGUUGGUGUUUGUUUUGGGGGUUGUUUUGUUGUUGUUGUUUUGGUGGGUGGGGUUUGUUUGGUGGGGGGGGGUGUGAGUUGGGGUUUUUUUGUGUUGUUGGGUUGUGGGGUUUGGGGGUUGGGGGUUUUUUAUUUGUUGUUUGGUUGGGGUGUUAGAUUUGUUUGGAGGGUAGGGUGUGGGGGUGGGGUGGUUUUUGUUGUGGUUGUUGGGUGGUAUGAUAUGGGAUUUUUGGGAUGUUUUGGGUUUGGUGGGGUUUGUGGUUGGGGGGGGGGUUGGUGGGGGGGGGGGGGGUGUUUUGGGGGGUGGUUGGUGAGGGGUGGGGUGUUGGGGGUGUUGAUGUGGGGGUUGGGGGGGUUUAGUGUGGGAGAGAGAAUAAGGGGGGAGUUUGGGGUUGUUUGUUUGUGGGAGGGUGGGGAUUUUGGUUGGGGUGUUGGGGUGGUGGGGUUUGGUAUGGGUUUGGUUUGGUUUUAUUUGGGUUUUUGUUGUGUGAUGUGGGAGGGGUGUAGGGGGGAUUGUAAGAUUUUGUUGGGGGAGGGGGGGGGGUUUGUGAGAUGGGAUUUGGUGGGGGAUUUGGGGGUGGUUGGGGGUUGGGGGGUUGUUUUUGUUAUGUGGAGGUGGGGUGGAGUGGGGGUUUUUGUUGUGUUGGGGGUGUUGGUUGGUGUGGGUUGUUGGGGGGUGUUGUGA